GUUGCAUUGAGUUCUUUUGUACGCUGAGGUAUGCGAGAGCAGGAGCACAGUUUUCUAGUUGAACUAACUCAAAAGUUUGAGCUUUAGAAAUAAUAUGGUUGCAAACCUUGACUCUUGCAUCCCCUUGAAGAUUUAUUCUCAUUUGUUUCAAAAAAUGAGCUAAUCAAGAGGUGGGAUUCUAUACUAGAAGGUUGUGUGACCCUGGAAAAGUGUAAUUAUGGAUAAUGAGAAGCAAAGGAUUUGUAGGACCCCAUCUCUUUUGCUUGAAUUCAUUAUAUGUGUUUAGUAACAUUGGAUCCUUUCACUUGUUAGUGCGUGUUUCGAACAUCUAGGCAAUGAUGGAGCAUGUCUCUGCCAGCAAUGAUAAGGGUGCUCAAAAUUGGACGUAAGGAUGGAUAUGUCAGAAAUCUGGGAUGGCUGUCUUUUUCCUAUUUAUUUCUGUUUUUUGGCUGAGUGCUAGGUUAUAUUUAAGAGUACUAUGUGAGAUGAGUGAGAGACUACCAAAUCAUUGACAAGGAGACAACGGAGGAAGAUUUGUAUGCUCAUAUUUGGUUAUGUUUGCUGAAGGUUGAUGUCAAGCAUAUUAGAAAGCCCACAAUGGUGCUUCAGUGGAUGGGGAUGAAUGCUCUCGUUAUUUAUGCUUUGGCUGCUUGUGACCUCUUUCCAGCUGCCUUGCAAGGUUUCUAUUGGCGUUCACCUGAAAACAACCUGGUUGACGGCACUGAAUCACUAUUGCAGGCCAUCCUUCAAUCAAAGAAGUGGGGUACCUUGGCUUUUGUAUUGCUUGAGAUUUUAUUUUGGGGUCUUGUUUCUGGAUUCCUCCACAUGAAACGAAUCUAUAUGCGGCUAUAAGGUUGCUGACAUGUACCCUUGUGCUCACCAUGUGAAUAAUGAGACAUCUCUAGACAUCAGCAUAGUGUUCUUUCUUCCCAGAGCCUUACUGCAGUUUUUUGUUCAAGUAGUGAAAGAUCAACAAUCUGAGAAAUCUUGGGAAAUGUCUGUACAGCAGCAAUGAAGAUGCAAGGCUCAGGCGGGUAAUGGUUUUCUCUCCGUGUUCUUUGAAUUUGAUUCAUUUUGUAUUGCUGUACUAUUUGGAAUUUAAUUCUAGUGGCAUAUCGUACAAAGAUAAGUAGGUAAUGAAAAUAUGGCAAUACCCUGACUUUUGGUAUAAGCAGCGGCAAAGUAUAGUGCGAUUCCUCUUUGAUGUUCUCCUUUCCCGGUUGGCUUUAUUUGUUUUUCUGUUUGAAGUCUCUUUCUCUUUGAACUCUGCGUGCAUGCGUGUGUAUGUUUUGCGGGCAUGUAAAGAAUAGAUUGGUUGUGUUGAGAGUAGAGAUAAGGAAUCGAUUCUCUUGAAUAGGAAAAAGUGCUUCUAUGGUCGUAUAGUGGUGGUUCAAAGUGGAAAA